CUCUGCUUUUCAAAUGCCAGUGAGAGCAUAUCGAUUCUAGUUCAAGAAAGUUAACCAACGACUUCGCACGAACAGUUGUGAGUUACGUCUUCUUCGUUUAAAAUAAUCUGUUACAAAUAAUAGAUAACAUGGAAUCUGCUAUUGUUCAUCUUGAACAAAGCGUGCAAAAAGCUGAUGGAAAACUAGACAUGAUUGCAUGGCAAAUUGAUGCUUUUGAAAAAGAAUUUGAAGAUCCUGGUAGCGAGAUUUCUGUGCUUCGUCUAUUACGGUCUGUUCAUCAAGUCACAAAAGAUUAUCAGAACCUUCGGCAAGAAAUAUUGGAGGUUCAACAAUUACAAAAACAACUUUCAGAUUCCCUUAAAGCACAAUUAUCUCAAGUGCAUGGACAUUUUAACUUAUUACGCAAUAAAAUAGUAGGACAAAAUAAAAAUCUGCAAUUAAAAUAAGAUUAAAAUUUUUUAUUUAUAUUUAAAUGUAUUUUUUAAAUUAUACUUAAUUUAUAAUUUUUUAUUAUAAAAUUAUUAUUAAUCAAAAAUAUAAAAUUAUUUUAAAUCAAAAGUUAUUAGAAUAACAUCAAAAGAAUGUUAUGUUAAAAUGUUGCAUAUUAUAUUAUCUAAAAAAUUCAAUAUCUGAUAUAUUAUUAUAAAUAUGUUGAUAAUUAUCAAUAUUAUCAUAUAAUUAUUAGAAAUACUUAUAAUAAAUAUAAUCAUUUUAUUUGCUUCAUAAUAUAAUUAUAAAAAAAUAUUUGUUUAACAAACAUAUAUAAAUUUAAUAAUACUAAAAAAAUAUAGUUGCAAUUUUUAUAUAUAAAAUUUUUUGUAAUAUAAAAACAUCCAAUAUUAGUAUAUCUUCCAAAUACUAUUUGUGUCUGAUCAUAAAUAUUUAUAAAAGACUAUUUUAUGUAAAAUAUAUUAAAAUCUUUUUUAUAUUUUAAUAUAUUUGUGUAUAUAUCUAAUAUAAUUAAUUAGAAAAUACCAUAAUUAUGAUUGAUUUAUUAUUAGUAUAAUAAUUUAUUAUUCAAUUUUAUUGUUUAAUUUAUAAAUAGUAUGGGAUCAAUAGAUAUUGCAGACAAAUAAUUUAUUUAACUUUCUCUGUAAGUGUAUUAUUGGGGGCCAAUCUAUGUGCUUGUAUAUUCAUGAAAAAUAAGUAAGAUUUGAAAAUAUCACUUUCAUUUUUAUAUAAGAUGUGUUAAUUAUAUGAUUAGACACACUUAUAUUAAAUUUGAUUUAAAUAUAUAGAAUUAUAGAAAUUUAAAGUUUAAAUAAUUAAAUAAUAUAAAUAAUAAAUUUAAAUAAUUAUUAUAAUAUUUGAAAAAUCAAAAUUAAAAAAUGUUCUUAAUUUUUUAUCCAUGUAGAAUUUACAAUUACAGUGCCAAAUUUUAUUUAUAUUUAUUAAGAUAUAGAAGAAUAAUAUACAUAUUUAUAAUAUAUAUUGAAUGAGCAUAUUUAAAAACAAAGUUACAUUUAAUUAAAUUUUUAUUAUUAUCUUUUAAAAGACAAUGUACAGUUCUUAUUAAAAUUUAUAUAAUUGAUAAAGAAUUUUAAUUUUUUUUAUAUGUUAUUAUGAUCAAAUUCUAUAAUUGAUUAUCAAUCAAUCAAAAUGAUCAUGAUAAUAUGUUCUUAUAUAAAAACAGAAGAUAUAAGUAAAUUUCUAAAUUUCUAAUAUUUAAUUGUAACAAAGUUAUACUUAAUAAUAUGUAACUAUAUUCACUAUAAUUAUUCUAUAGUUAACUAUUUCUUCUGUAACAAUAAUCUUGACUAUUCCUACAUUCACAAUAUAUAUAAUUGAAAACUAUUUCUUAUAACAACUAUAACAACAAAAAUUUUCUGCUGAAAUUAACAUUUUAAAGAAUAACUUAUAUAUAAUAUUGUUAUGGUUUAUAAAUUUUUUUUUUAAUAUAUAAAUUUUAUUGUAUGUAUAUAAUAAGUAUAGAGUAGGAAAAAUUGCGAGCAUAUUUUAUGACACAAAAGGAUAAAGAUAGGAAGCCAAUUGUUGCAUAUAUUAGGGUAUGAAAAAUUAAAAUUGCCUUAAGACACAGAUGUGCAUUCAGUGAGCUAUGUUGGAGUUAAAGAGAAAAGUCUGUUAUUUAGUAAUAUAUAAAUAGCAUACUUUCAUACAUCUUGAUUGGUCAAUUGCGUGCAUUUCAAGAAAAUGUUUUAAUCUUUUUCAUAAUUUCAAAUUUGUACAAUUUGAUUACAGAUUUAUGUUUACAGAUUAGAUUUGUGUAGUGAUUACAUUUUUAAGUUAACAUUAUAUUCAAUAAUAUAUUUCAAAUAUUUAUUUUGUAUCUGUCUUUUUUUUUUAUUUCUCUUCUAUUCCAUGUUUCACAAAACAGAUUAAAAAAAAAAAAAAAAAAAACAGGAAGAUCUGUAAGUAUUUGCAUUUUCUUGAAUGGAGUAACUGAGUUUCAUGACCAUAAAAUUAUUAAUUGUUCACAUAAUAAAAUAGUUCUCUUCAAACUUAAUGCAAGUCGAUUAUCUAUUUAAACGUAAUUUACGAGAAACUCCUCUAAGUCAAUACUAAUAGUUCAGAAAGAAAAAAAGAAUAUUUGUGAUACUCAGUGACUCGCACGUUUAUCAGAGUUUAUUUAUAUUUCAGUUAAUCAAUCGUGUAUCCGGUUUCAAUUAAAGGCACAGAG